AUGGUUUCACCGCAGAACGGCUCUGGCUCCGGCGCAGAGCUGCAGGUGAAGUUGAACGGCCAUGUGCUGGCUGAUGGGAAGGACGCGGAUGGAGAGGCAGUCAUCGACGCGGGGCUCAAGAGUCUUGAUCACUACAAGCGAGCUCUGCCGCCAUGGCGGUACCACUUGCGCCGCGAGCUGCUGCCCCUGAUACGAUGGGAGACGCCCUACCUCGCCUACCUCCAGAGCAAGACGCGCUCUCCCGCCCUCGACACAUACUUUGCCGUCACGGCCAACUUGGGAACCCACACGUUCUUCAUGAUCGGCCUGCCCAUACUCUUCUGGUUCGGGUACAGGGAUCUCGGGAAAGGGGCCGUCCACAUCCUAGCCUUCGGCGUCUUCUUCACGGGCUUCAUCAAGGACCUCUGCUCGCUGCCGCGCCCCUUGUCCCCUCCUCUGCACCGAAUCACCAUGUCCGGGCAUGUCGCCCUCGAGUACGGCUUUCCCUCGACACACUCGACGAACGCGGUCUCUGUCGCUGUCUACGCAGUGCUCAUGCUGCGCGAGACCGACAUGCCGCCGGGCACAAAGAUGGCGCUCGAGGGCCUGAGCUGGUUCUACGCCGCUUCGAUCGUGGUCGGGCGCCUCUACUGCGGCAUGCACGGCUUUACCGACGUCGUCGUGGGCAGCAUCCUCGGCGCGAUCAUCAGCUACGUCGAGUUCUACUACGGGCCCCGUGUCGAGGCCUACAUGUACGCGAGCUCCUGGCUCGCGCCGCUGAUCGCUGUGCUCAUCAUCAUCGUGCUGGUCAGGGUGCAUCCGGAACCAGCAGACGACUGCCCGUGCUUCGAUGACUCGGUCGCCUUUGCCGGCGUCGUCCUGGGCGAGGAGGUCGCGGCGUGGCACUAUGCCCGGAGCCAGUUCGCCUGGAACGACGCGAGCUUCAGCCCCGUCGACCUGGGCUGGCCGACGCUGCUGGGGCGCAUGGUCUUUGGCGUGCUCCUCAUCUUCGGCUGGCGCGAGGUCAUGAAGCCGACCCUGCUCAAGGUCCUGCCGCACAUCUUCCGCGUCAUCGAGAACCUCGGCCUGAACCUGCCGCGCCGGUACUUUGUGCAGGCCAGCGAGUACAAGGUCAUCCCCGAGGUGCUGCGGCUGCGCACCGACAACGUGCUCCCCGGCGUCAGCGACCUGCCCAACAUCGUGCGGAACAUCAAGCGCGCGCGCAGGGGCCGCAGCGUCAGCAUCGGCCCGCAGAGCGCCGCCGACGCGUACGAGACGCUGGCGUACCGGGAGCGGAGGAGGAGGGAGAGCAUCGGUAGCCAGGGCAGCAUCCGGAGCAAGAGCAGCCAGCACGACCUGCGCGAGAAAGGAGGGGCCGGCAGCAGCAGCGGCGGCACCGCCGCCGCUGCCGCCGCCGUCGACGACCGAGACGGCAACCACCGCUCGACGAUGGCGUCGGGCGUGCAGCAGGGCCCGCUGGCGCAGUACGAGGAGAUGAUGGGCCAGGGGACGGUGGUCAUGGACAGCGCCGCCCCGCCGCCGCUGUCGGCCGCCGAGAGCAGGGAGCAGCAGCAGCACCACCUGCUCCACCCGGAGGACGACGAGCCGGACAUGUUCAUCGGGCGGCAGGACGAGCUGGGCGAGAAGGAGAUCUUUGAGCGGCUGACGAAGCCGCGCGUCCGGUACGACGUCGAGGUCGUGACGAAGCUGGUCGUCUAUGCUGGCAUCGGACUGCUUGCGGUUGAGGUUAUUCCGGUUCUGUUCGAGUUCGUCGGCCUUGGUGCUGAGCAUCUUCGUCCAAGAUAG